ACACCUGAGGAGCAGCGUCGCGAGCAGCAGCACACACACACACACACACUUUGUUUUAAUUCACAGAUUCAUUUUAAGCACAGCGACAGGACGACCACCGCGUGCGGUUCCUCUGCUGACACUGAGCGAAGCGCGAGAGAGAGAGAGAGAGAGAGACAGAGAGAGAAAGACAGAGAGAAAGACAGAGAGAGAGACAGAGAGAGAGAGAGAGAGAGAGAGAGAGAGAGAAUGCCUCCCUCCCCCCUCCUGCUCCUCCUGCUCCUCCUCCUCCUCCUCCGCACCGCUGCAGCGGAAGACUGCCGCGCCGCGUUCCGCUCCGGCCAGGCGAACUUUGUGCUGGACGCGGAGGACGCGGUGGAGGAGGGCGCGAGGCUGCUGGCCACCGAGCGCGUGAGCUCCGAGGAGGCCUGCAGGAACGCGUGUUGCCUCGACAGGCGCUGCAACCUCGCGCUGCUGGAGCCUCGCGGCACCGCGGGGGCGGAACACCGCACGUGCGACCUGUUCGACUGCGUGCACAGAAACCGCUUCGUGUGCAGGUUCGUGAACCAGGUGGGGUUCCUGAGCUGGAUCCGCGAGGCCGAGUUCCUGCAACACCUGCAGGGCCCGCAGACAGGUGAUAAGACUCCGCCCAUUGCCAUCGCGGCCCGUGAUGUCAUCGUUCAGCCGGGGGUGCAGGUGACGCUGAGCGGCAUCCAGAGCCUGGCGCUGGACGAUGCCCACAUCAUGAGCUACAGCUGGAGCGUGCAGGGCGAGGCCGAGAGUGUCCACAUGCAGGUAAACACAGGGGGCGGGGCUUAGAAAAGGCAACCAAUG